AUGACCAGAGGCGGAAGAACUAUUGGCUCUGUGACCCUGAAAGCGAGCGGAAGACAAGGGGCUGGAGUUGGACGUCCUGACCCUAGUCGGAAUCAAUGGUCUGGCAAGAGUCGGAAACAUGGAGAGGCAAGCCGGAGGAAACGAAAGGCGAUUUUUGCGCGGGAGGGAGGGAUAUGGCGGGAGUGCGGGCUCACCUUCAGAGGCGGCGUCCAUGGGGCGGCGGAAAUAAUUUGA